CACGCAGAAUCUUGGAAAUUACCCGGAUGUAACAUCUUGGAUGGCAUCGGAAAAGAAAUCGAUACAGACUGUUCACUAUGGAAUAAUUGUUAAAAAUAACAUGGAUUACCUCAAAAUAUAUGAACAUGGAUUAGGAUAGCAGCUCGUGAAUAUCAUAUCAACAUGUCACACAGAGAAGAGCAAUAUAUAGGGCCAUACAAGCUCGAAAAAACCUUAGGAAAGGGCCAAACAGGACUUGUAAAGUUGGCCACACAUUGUAUAACAGGACGUAAGGUGGCCAUUAAAAUUGUCAAUCGAGAAAAGCUGAGUGAAUCUGUCCUAAUGAAAGUCGAGAGAGAAAUAGCCAUUAUGAAACUCAUAGAACAUCCACAUGUAUUGGGACUAUAUGAUGUAUAUGAAAAUAAAAAAUAUUUAUAUUUAAUAUUAGAGCAUGUCUCCGGAGGGGAAUUAUUUGACUACUUAGUGAAAAAAGGUCGACUAACUCCGAAAGAAGCUCGAAAAUUUUUCCGACAAAUAAUAUCCGCAUUAGAUUUUUGUCAUAGUCAUUCCAUAUGUCACAGGGAUUUGAAGCCUGAAAACUUACUGCUGGACGAGAAAAAUAACAUACGAGUAGCUGACUUUGGCAUGGCCUCCCUACAAGUGGAGGGUUCCAUGUUGGAGACCAGUUGUGGGUCACCUCAUUAUGCCUGUCCUGAAGUAAUAAGGGGGGAGAAAUAUGAUGGUCGUAAAGCUGACGUUUGGAGCUGUGGUGUGAUACUAUAUGCAUUGUUAGUGGGAGCAUUGCCAUUUGAUGAUGAUAAUUUACGCAAUUUAUUAGAAAAAGUAAAAAAGGGGGUGUUCCAUAUUCCACAUUUUGUGCCCCCAGAUUGUCAAAACCUUCUUCGCAGUAUGAUAGAAGUGGAUGCAACUAGGAGAAUAACAUUAGAAAGUAUAUAUAAACACCCUUGGAUGCAAUUUGAUGCUGCGGAUGUUUCAUUAGAAGUCCCUAUGUCUCAAGCAGUACAGACGUCAAUUCUUCCGUCUGCUCCAGAAAUAGACCCUGACAUUAUGACAACUAUGUGCUCGUUACAAUGUUUUAAGGACAGAGAAAAGUUGGUGCAAGCGUUACUUAGUUCAAGGCAUAAUACAGAAAAGGUUGUAUACUUCCUUCUCCUGGAUAGAAAGUUACGUAAUCCAUCGCUGGAUGAUGGAGAGGAUAUCAAAACUAAAACAGAAUCAGCCGAUCCACCAAGGAAGAGGAUAGAUACAGUGCAGUUAAAUGGUUCUCCUAGGCUAUCUCUGGGUAACAUUAGCGAAGGUUCUCCCAUUGCUCCAAGGAGGGCACUAACAGUCCACAGAAUACGAAAAAGUAGUUUGACAGGUGUGUCAAUCACAGACAGUUGUCCCGGGUCACCAGUUAGCAGUCCCCGCACGCUUCCACGUACGCCACGCACUCGCAGUAUUUCUAGGGACCGCAGUGGUGAACCGAGGUUACAGUCCACACCCCCGGGAUCACCCUCCAGCCAAACUGCACCCUGGCGCACUAGGCUUACUUCUAUCAAAAAUAAUUUCCUCGGUUCUCCAAGGUUUCAUCGUAAGAAAAUACAAGGCAAUGGGGAAGAUCUGCUUAUGACACCACCUGACUCUCCAGAGUUGUCAAAGAGGUCGUGGUUUGGUGCACUAAUGGGUCAACCAGAGGAGCAUCAUUUUGUAAUGGUGAAAGAUAAAGCUUUGAAUGAAAUAAAAGCUGACCUUAUCCAUGCGUUUUUAUGUACUCCGGAUCUAUGCCACAAUGUAAUAUCUCCCACAUCAUUCCGGGCUGAGUACAAGAGAUCAGGAAGUAGCUCUCUUCUCUCACGCAAUGUCAGAUUCCAAGUAGAUAUAUCGAGGGCACAUGGUCAAGGGGAUGCAGGUGUCAUGUAUUGUGUCAACUUUACACUUCUAGCAGGUCCCAGUAGAAGGUUUAGAAGAAUCUGUGAACUAAUCCAAUCUCUACUAUUGUCCACAACCAGGACAUACACCAGUCGCAAAAUAAGUGCAGAUUUCAGCGACACAAGCUCCUCUUCUUCCUAUUCGUCAGAAUUAACAGCAAAUGAAGAGGAGUUCCCAGAGGUGUUUGAGCGGAAGCCCUCACAAAGUCGGAAGCAAGAAGCCCAGAGACUUAUUGCCGAAACUCAACGACUUUUAGCAAAUGGUCGCAAAUAUAGUAGUGAUCAAAAUAAUCAACAGAGAGAUAAAGUUUGAAAAUAGAGUUCUAAAUUAAAAGUGAAUGACGU